AUGAAAGAAGCCUCACACUAUAUUGGCGAAGAGCUUAUUUUGCCAGCUGCAAUUAAAAUUUCCAUACUUAAUGAUACGGUUGCCCGUCAAAUUGGUGAUAAAGCUGAAGAUAUACAGCAUCAGCAACUCGGGAAGUUGCGAAACAAGUUGUUUUCCAUUCUUGAUGAGGCAACGGAUAGCAAUAAAGAUGCUCAUCUUAUUGCCUACGUUCAAUUUUGUGCUUGCAUGUCCGUAGUAGAAGAAGUACUUUUCUGCAAAUCUAUAGAACUCAACGCAACAGCUCUCGCAUUAUUUGCUAUCUUAAAUAAUUAUAUAAUCGAGGCAAACAUAGAGUGA